CAGCCCGAGGCCAAUCGAGCGAGCAGGCCCUUCUCCUUGAUGCAUCUACACUCCCCAGCUGCACAACAUCACGUAACAUUCAACUCUGACCAUGCCCGACUGUUUCUUGCAUUGCUCCUAGGGAACCAUACAGUUCGCCGACAGUACAUAGCGUACAUAACGGGAGUACCAUACACUCUCCCUUCCAUCCAUGUCCAUACAGGUACUUGGCUUCACAUCUCUCCCUGUGGAUGCUUCCUCUUCCUCGAUAUAAGAUAUCCAUCAGAGCAACCAUUCCCGCCCUUUUCUUCUUCAUCUGACACGAAUCGAAACGACCGAUUGAUUCCGACUGUCCUUUUGCGAGCUAAUCCGAGCUGGACGAAACCAAGCUCGGCGUCCAGUCUACCAUCCUAUCCGAUCCAAUCACCCAAUGCCGCGGGACGCCGGGCAUGUAACACGGCGCAGAGAGAUAGAUUCUCCCAUAAAGUACCAUACCAUACCAUCCCCAUGGCAUAAACGAAUCUCACGCACACGGAACCGAAGAAAAGAACAGAAAAGUAACGAUAUAAAUCGCAU